AACAUUUCGAAAGUGACACAUAAAAACAGAAACACAAGCAGAAGAAGAAAAACUGUACAAAAAUCGAAAACUUUCUUUUCAGUACAAAAAUAACAUCGCUAGGUUCUGAUAUCGUAUGUGGAACUUGUUUUACGGAUUGUUUUGCUGUUCGUAAGAUGGUAGUUGAAAUUAUUACUGUGUUAACCAAAACCAGCACUCAUAUUGUUCACGGUAGGAUGAGUCAUCAAUGUUACUAGAAUCAUCGAUAUCGUAGUGAAAUCCUGUCUAAUACGCUAUUGUCAAAUGGUGUUUCAACCCGAUGUAGGAAGUAAAAUGAUUAAGUCUGUGACGGUCGACAGAUAAUUGCCCGCAACUUAAGUACAUCCCGGGUUAGCGCAUCAUUGUAUGAAGAUUUUUUUCGAGAGACGAUUGUUGAUAAACUUGGAAACAGCUGCUUGUUCUAACAGCAAAACAGAAGGAUAAGAACAAAACUUAAAGCGGAGGUGGUGUGUGAACCCACGUCCCAGUUAUAGUGUAAAAUGUCCGAAAAGGCUAUCCUAGAAGUAAACACCACACAUCAGACCAAUAAUCAGCUGGAAAACUCGAACCGACCUGUGGAUGAUUCUGUACCGUCAGCGGAAGAUACUAAUGUCGUAGCAUCCAACUCACUAUCAUCAGUAGAAUCAUCGUCCCCGCCUACUAUAAUUUCAAACGACAUUUCAAGUAUUGUUGACGAAACCAGUACUGGAAAUUGCACCCAGCAGCCACCAUCUGGCGGUACUGUUCCACCAACUGGUUCUCCGUUACCUGCGUCACAGAUCCGCACCCCCGUCGUCGAGCGUCAGACAUCUGUUGGAUCAUUAGAUAGUACAUCAAUGUCAAUUGGAGCAGGUUCGGGUAGUGGCGGAGGACCAAGUGGCUUUCGCAACUCAUUGAGUAAUGGACGUAUGUUUAGCAGGCUUAUGUCUGUUGAACGUGGACGGUCUAACAAUCAUGGAACGACUUCACGAAGAGGUUCCAACUUUAGUAACGUUAUGCUGAACGAUUUUAUGGCCCUUCUGCAGCAGGCAAGACAUCCGGGUAGUUUAUUUUCCGGUGAGCGUACAGGACUCUUUCUCAAUUCGGAGCGGUCUCACGGUACAGGAACAAGUACACCUCCGAUGAUGAGUAACUCUAUUGGUUCGAUCGGAAAUGGAAAUUCUAACAUCGCUACUAGUGAUGUUGUAAUUGAUGUCGACGACGGAACCGGGACGAUUGGUGGAGGUUCUUCGCGUUCUUCUCACAAUGAGCUGUACCCUUUGUCAAACUCAUCUUCCACAGCUAAUACAAGUAUUAGACCAUUCUUAUGGAUUCAAUCCGGCGAUGAAAAUGCUCCACCAUCGGGCUCUUUGAUUGGUGGACGUUCACCACUAAUGCCAAAUUUUAACUACAGUCACCAUCAUCACCACUUUAACAAUCAUCAACCUUUGGCCUUGCAUCACCAGCAAUCCGCUGCUGGACUAUCCGCAGCAUCAGUGUCGAUGGCUUCACAGUCUUCCAUAUCUAUUGGUGGUGGUGAGGGUAUUCCAUCUAUGGGUAGUGAUGGCACAAAUGGUGCUGUACUGACACCGACGGCAGGAAAUGCACCUACCAUUGGUGCUGGUGGUGCUACGCGUAGUAACAGCAUCAGUUCGAAUCACCAGAAUGAGGAAGCCACCGUUCAUGAAGCGCUUAAUCAGUUGCCAGAAACUCGCGCCUUAAUAGAAACAUUAGCACGGUAUAUGCCAUUACUUCUGAUUUUGUUGGCUAAAUUAUGCUACGAUCAUUUAGAUGGGAUAAUGCACUUUCUGUUGUUAUUGAUGACGUUCUACCACGCAAAUUGGGUAGUCCGACAAGAAAUAUCGAAACAAAAGCAACGACGUGUUAUGGUGUUGCUGCGUGAGCUGAUAAUUAUAAUUUUAGCAUUACUCAUAUUUGGAUUUGUGAUUGAAUGGAAAAGUAUCUGUCUGGUGAUACUUUUCAUGUCUGAUAAUCUGCAACCUGAAUCGCUUAAAGGACUGUUGUUUGCUGUUUGUAUAACAGAUUUAAUACUGAAGCUGAUCACCAUUGUAAUCAAAAUUAUUGUUACGCUUAUGCCGCCUCGAGUGGUAGACUACAAAAGUAGGGGCAAGGUCUACCUAAUGAUAGAAUCGCUCUCCCAAUUGUAUCGUGCCGCAGCCCCCAUUCAACCAUGGUUGAUUUUUCUGUUUGAAUCCUACUCUGGUUCGGAAAAGAUGGUCGGCGUUAUUUUAUCUGCAGUAUAUAUAGUUGCUAAAUCGACGGAUCUGCUUGAUAGGGUCAAGUUCUGUCGCCGAUCAUUUGUAAAGCUACUACAAAAAACUAGUUACGGAACUGUUCCAACAAAGGAACAACUGCAAGCGUGUGGCGGACAGUGCUCCAUUUGCCAUGAUAACUUCAAUUCGCCUGUAUUGCUCGAAUGUAAUCACAUCUUCUGCGAAUUGUGUGUUGGCACAUGGUUUGAUCGAGAACAAACAUGUCCCUUGUGCCGCGCAAAAAUUGUUGACGAUCCUUCGUAUCGUGAUGGAGCUACUACCUUCUUUUUGCAAUUAUACUAAAGAAAGGAAGAACUAUAAUUAAAACGCAAUUCCAUUCCUUUUAUCCAUUUAUAAUUUUUCACAGCUUUUUUUUAGUUUAGGGACAUUUUUUAUUUGUUUGUAUUUUGUAACUGCAAAUAAAAUGCUCAUUCAAAAAUGCAUUUUAAAGAAAAAAAUCAUUUCAAUCAUUGUAUUUUUAUUUGUAUCAUAAUGUCUAUUAAAAAAUACAUUAAGGAUUGAAGAUUCAAAAUUGUCAAACGGCAAAUUGCCUCGUUUUUUUUUAAAGAAAAACAAAUUAAAACUAUAAGUAUUUCUUUUAGGAAGGUACUAUGUGAGAUAUGGGCUCAUCAAGUUUUUAGUAACUAUUGAAAAAGUUUAAAUGCUGUAAAACCUUAGCCGUAUUAUCGUUAAGAUGCACUGCAAAACAUGAACAAUUGUAGAAUACAGUUCACGCUCGGUAAUCCGCACUUGAAUGAGUGCGAAUUAUAAAAUGACGUAUUCACGUGUUUCUUCAAAAACUUCUUACUUUUCUCUGGUUCUAUGAGUUAACUAUUAUGUAUCAUACAUUUUCGUGUUUUGCAAAGAAAGCUUAUAUUUAAAAAAAAAAUAGAAAGGUAUUUAUGUUUUUAAUAAAAUAUCAUUAUUUUUGUCCGAAAACUGUUUCUUCGAAUGAAUUUGACUGUCAAAAGUGCGGACUAUCGAGGUGUGGAUUAUCGAGCGUGCGGAUAACCGAGCGUAUACUGUAUAAUUAUUUGCAAUUAAUAAAACAAUCAUGGGUUUGUUAAAUAUUA